AUGGCUGUCUGUGAAAGUGACCGCUUAUUUGGCCCAAGAGUAGACCCUCAGUGCCGCAACUUCGACUUCACAUUGACCUUUGAGGAUGGAUUCUUCCACCUGCUACCUUCUUCGCUGUUCCUCAUCAUAUUCCCUGUUUGGUUCUUUCUAAGUCGGAAGGAGCUGAAGAAGUCGCGUUCAAAUCAGUUGGUCAUCUUAAAAGCUGCGACCAUCGGAAUACUUCUUGUCUUCCAAUUGAUCUUUGUGGUAUUCCGAAGUCACAACAAUGAGCUCCACACUGCUCUGUCCCGACCAGCAGACGUAAUUUCUCUGGUCGCAGUGUCAAUUUGUCUGCUUGCCUGCUACUGGGAAGAUCAGUAUGGUAUUCGCCCUUCUAUAAUGCUCACAUUGUAUUGGUCCACUUUAGCAAUUCUACAGCUUCCUCGUUUGCGGACUCUUUGGCUCAUAGGAGAGAAAAUCUCGCCAAUUCCAGUCCUGUGGACUCUUGUCUUUAUUACGACAGUUGCGGCAUUGAGCGCUGAGCUAAUCCCUAAGAAGCGAUUCUUAUACACAAAAUAUCAGAAUACCACACGAGAAGAAAGAAGCGACGUGUGGAGUUGGGCACUUUUUCUCUGGAUUCUACCUUUUCUGCGAGUUGGAUUCUCCCAAAUCCUGGGUAUCAAGGACUUGCCACCCAUAGAUGCUCCGUUGCAAGCUACAGAGACGUUGGUUGGGCUUCGUGCAGGGUGGGAAUCAAUUAAAAAGCGCCACAGCUCCCACAUCCUGCUACGGGCUACAUUUCGGGCCUAUUUGGUUCCAUAUCUGACUGCAAUUAUUCCUCGACUUUGUCUAACAGUGUUCACCUUUUGCCAAUCCUUCCUCAUCACGCAAGCGGUCUCAUAUUUUGAGCAAUCGGAUUUAUCUGAUUCAGUGAAUAUCGGUCACGCCCUUGUUGGCGCGUACGCUUUGGUCUACCUUGGCUAUGCGCUAUCAACGGCAAUUUAUUGGCGUCAAACCUUCCGCUUCGUGACCAUGGUUCGGGGUGGAUUGAUAUCCAUACUGCAACAGAAAACCACCCAAGUCAAGGCCAUUGAUCUGCAAGAUCGUGCUGCUCUUACCUUGAUGGGAACAGAUGUCGAGCGCAUUAUAACCGGGUUUCGCUCAAUCCAUGAGCUCUGGGCUUCCCCGAUUGAGGUGGGUAUUGCGAUUUGGCUUCUGGCUAGGCAGGUUGGUGUCGCUUCUGUUGUCCCUGCAGUCCUCGCUAUGUUAUGUCUCUUGGUAACAACACGCAUCUCCACCAUGUCCAAAUCUAGCCAAAAACGCUGGAUCGAAAGGGUUGAGACACGUCUGGAACUCACUACGAUCAUGCUCAGUAAUAUGAAAGCUGUCAAGAUGCUCGGUCUUUCAGAGACUCUGCGAAAUCUGGUAGAUUCACUCCGGAAAGUCGAGCUUCAGACUUCUCGAAAGUUCCGCAAGCUUCUCAUCUGGCAGAUAUUUUUAUCUAAUUUUCCCGUUGACAUCGCUCCGAUGGCUACCUUCUUGUUGUUUAGCAUCAUUGCGCUCGUGAAAGGCGAUAGCACACUUCUCUCUACCCAGGCAUUCACGUCGCUGUCGCUCAUCUCAUUAAUGACGACACCACUGCAGAAGUUCAUCCAAGCUCUUCCUAGUACUUAUCAGUGUCUAGGAUGUUUUGAGCGUAUCGAAGCAUUCUGUUUGAUGAACCCCCACGAGAAUGAUGCCGAGGAAUCCGGGUUCUCCAAUUUAGGGGAUAGUACACACCUGCAAACUCUUUCAAACGCACAACAAUCAACCAUAAUCGAGUGCAAUGCUACCGAUUUUGCGUGGUCGAAGCAUGCGAAACCGAUCCUGAAGAACGUUAACAUUAGCAUUCCCAGAAGCAAAGUGACUAUGGUGGCUGGCUCCAUCAGCUCCGGGAAGUCCACUCUAAUUGCAAGUAUUCUUGGUGAAACAGAAAUGCUUUCAGGCUCUGUCUCAAGACACUUUUCACAAGCCGCCUACUGUGCCCAGUCACCUUGGAUCAUGAAUGCCUCUAUCCGAAUGAACAUAACCAACACGUCACAAGGAGUUGAUGAAAAGUGGUAUCAAUACAGCAUAUGGGCUAGUGCCUUCGACAAUGACAUCAAAACGCUACCGGGAAAUCACAAUUUCAAGGCCGGGAGCGGGGGCGUUGCAUUGAGUGGAGGACAGAGACAGCGUCUGGCUUUGGCACGAGCGGUGUACUCCAGGCAGCCCAUUGUGGUGCUUGAUGAUGUGGCUAGUGGAUUAGACUCCAGAACAACCGCGUUGAUUAGUGCUCGACUUUUUGGACAGGGAGGAUAUUUCCGACAGCACAGAAUCACAGUUGUGCUGGCCACUCAUUCCCGUCAACUACUAUCACAAGCGGACAACGUGAUCCUUCUAGAUGUAGGAAAGAUACAAUUUCAAGGCCAAUACUCUGACCUACCUCCAAAUUUCAACCUUGAAAUUGUGUCUGAUUUGGAAACCGUACUCCCUGUGAACGAAAACGUUGACCAGUCUAUGGGGGCUGCGAGUGUCCACCAAAAUGCCAGCAUUCGAGCAGAAAAAAGCGAAGAGCUUAUCCACAUUCCAGAUAUGCAGAUGGAAGAAAUUUUCACUGAUGACGACUCCGAGCUAGACACUGCCAGUGUCAGUGACGAGUCUCGGCGCAAAGGUACCUGGUCAGUUUAUCAGUACUAUUGCCGCUCCGCGGGUUAUCUUCUGUGCAUUACGUUUGUGAUUUUCCUUGGAGUCAAUGCUCUCACAACUAAUAUCCCUACGCUCUGGGUGGAUUGGUGGUCAGCAGCAAACGAAAAGCACCCUAAUCAACAGAUUGGCAUGUACUUGGGGGUUUACGCUAUGCUUAGUGUGGUAGCGGUUGUUAGCUUGACAAUUGCAUCUUGGGCUCUGAUCAUAGGAAUGGUUACGAAUACCGCUCUGACAUUGCACUCCGAUAUUUUGAAGACAACAGUCCAAGCACCAUUUGGUUUCCUUCGAACCAUGGAUACAGGAAAAUUGACCAAUAGGUUCAGUCAAGAUAUGGAUCUGAUUGAUAUGAAGCUACCAAUCAUCUCCAUAAAUGCCUUCUCUGAAUGUGCAAACUGCGUUGCCAAACUGGUCAUUCUGUGCGCCGUAUCAAAGUAUCUCAGCGUGGUAGUUCCACCGCUAUUGGCUGUUAUUUACGCUAUUCAACGAUGCUAUCUUCGCACUUCCCGCCAAGUCCGACUGCUCGAUAUCGAAGCCCGAUCUCCACUCUUCACUCAUUUCCUAGAAACAAUCCAAGGAGCCGCGACCAUUCGAGCCUUUGGCUGGCAACCUCAGAACCAAGAUCGAGGCAAAAGCCUUCUUAAUGACUCCCAGCACCCUGUCUAUGCCCUUUACUGCGUUCAGCAGUGGCUUGCUCUUGUAUUGGAUCUAACCAUUGCCGCAGUAGCUGUAACAGUCGUGGCAACCACUACAGCGCUCCGAGAUCAAUUCACGCCCGGUUCUAUUGGUGUGGCACUUAACAUGGUGUUUACCUUCAGUCAGUCCCUCAACUAUAUGAUUCAGUACUGGACCCAAACAGAGAUCUCCAUUGGUGCAGUGGCACGCGUGGAACGGUUUGUGCAGGAAACGCCCUCGGAGGAACGUGAAAUUCCCACGAGGACUUUGGAGCCAGGGUGGCCAUCACAAGGCCAGAUUCAGUUCAAGAAUGUCAAAGUUCAGACUGGGGACGAUGAUCGAGUGAUUCUGGACAAUAUCUCACUCUCAAUUAACCCAGGAGAAAAGAUCGCAAUUUGCGGACCAUCAGGCAGUGGCAAGACUUCUUUCAUCCUUGCACUUCUCCAAAUGAUUGAACUGAAAGACGGUUCCAUUCAAAUUGAUGGACAAAAUCUGGCCGAGUUGCAACCACAGGAAAUCACCUCCCGUCUGAAUGUCAUUCCACAAGAGCCAUUUAUCAUGCCCGGAACGAUAAGAUUCAACUUGGAUCCGACAAAUUCCUCUAAUGAAAAUACUUUCAAGAAUGUUCUACAGAGGAUUGGCCUUGCCGACCGUAUCGAGGAGAUGGGCGGACUCGACAGCUCUAUUUCCAUUUCGGCGUGGUCAGUUGGUGAGCUUCAACUAUUGAGUCUCGCACGAGCGAUGAUAAAACAUAGUUCGAUUUUGAUUCUGGAUGAAGCGAUGAGCAGCGUUGACAUGGAGACGGAGCGAUUGAUGCAAGAAAUUAUCGAUCGGCAUUUCUCGGGUCAGACAGUUCUAUCUGUCGUGCAUCGUCUUGCCUACAUUCAUCGCUUUGACCGUGUGUUGGUACUGAAGAAGGGCCAAAUCGUAGAGUGGGAUACCCCGAAGGCGCUGCUUUCCAGGGAAUCGGAACUUCGGAAGUUGUAUGAUGCCUAUCAAUGA